GAUGACGUCAUCAGUGACGGACGGCAAAUCAAACCAGGAAGAAGAAGAACGAUGGCCUCCUUCAAUCGUGAUCUCCUUUCUCGCCUUUUCGCCGUUCUUUUCGUGUCUUGCCUGAUGUUAUUCCGCAACUCGCUGUGCUCGGAGCUGACGUCCGUCACGUGCGGUUCGGUGCUCAAACUUCUAAACGUCAAACACAACGUGAGACUCCAUUCGCACGACGUACGCUACGGCUCAGGAAGCGGCCAGCAGUCGGUGACGGGCGUGACCAGCGUGGAGGACGGCAACAGCUACUGGAGCGUCCGCGGCACGCGCGACGCGGCCUGCCUCCGGGGGAACGCCGUCAAGUGCGGGCAAAACAUCCGCCUGACGCACGUCAACACCGGGCGCAACCUGCACAGCCAUCACUUCAGCUCGCCGCUCUCCUCCAACCAGGAAGUGAGCGCUUUUGGUGAGGACGGCGAGGGGGACCACCUGGACGACUGGACGGUGGAGUGCGGAGGGACGGAGUGGAAGCGCGCCGAGCCCGUCCGCUUCCGCCACAAAGCCACCGACGCGGCGCUGGCGGUGACGGGCGAGCAGUAUGGACGCCCCAUCAGCGGCCAAAGGGAGGUCCACGCCAUGGCCGGGUCUGGCCAGCACAGCCUGUGGAAGGCCAUGGAGGGGGUCUUCAUCAAGCUCGCCGACACCCCCCUCCCGUCCGACCGGGACCACGCCUACACCCACACAGAGUUCUGAACAUGUUUGGUACCUUCUGGAUCCUUGCCAGCAGUCUCCCGACUUGUGUCGGCUUCACUGACUUCCUGUCUUUGACAGAAGUGAACAGACAACUUCCUGCUGUAAGAUGUGCCCCUUGUUGUGCCGCUCUUUAGUGCCACACAUUUGGACGAUGCAACAAAACAAAUAAAGCAGUAGAUUUCAUUCAUUACUUCAGUUCCAAGGCAGUGUUGUUUACGUCUUGCAAUAAAAUGCUAAAAUUCA